GGGGGCGGCGCGACCGCGGAGGGGCCGCGGGGAGGGGACCGCGCGGGGCGGCGAGGCGCGCGCGCCGGGGACGCGGGGCCCGGACGUGAGGCUUGGGGCCCCUUGAAUGGAGGCUGCGGGCUUCGCGGGCAGCCGCCAUGUUCAACCAGCAGCAGCAACUCCAGCAGCAGCAGUUCCAGCAAUUGCAGCAGCAGCAGCUCCAGCAGCAGCAACAGAUGCAACAGCAGCAGUUGCUGCAGCUCCAGCAGCUGCUCCAGCAGUCCCCUCCGCAGGCCCCACUGCCCAUGGCUGUCAGCCGGGGGCUCCCCCAGCAGCAACCCCAGCAGCAGCUUCUGAAUCUCCAGGGCACCAACUCGGCCUCCCUCUUCAAUGGUUCCAUGCUCCAGAGAGCUUUGCUUCUGCAGCAGUUGCAAGGACUGGACCAGUUUGCAAUGCCACCAGCCGCGUAUGACAGUGCCGGUCUCCCCAUGCCCACAGCAACAUUGGGUAACCUCCGCAGCUACAGCCUGGCAACUCCGAACCUGACGGCCCCCAGCCUCCCAGCCCCGCCGCUGGCCACCCCAAAUCUGCAGCAGUUCUUUCCCCAGGCCACUCGGCAGUCUCUGCUGGGCCCCCCUCCUGUUGGGGUCCCCAUAAACCCCUCCCAACUCAACCUUUCAGGGCGGACCCCCCAGAAACAGGCCCGGACCCCCUCCUCCACCACCCCUAAUCGCAAGGAUUCUUCUUCUCAGACGAUGCCCGUGGAAGACAAGUCAGACCCCCCAGAGGGGUCUGAGGAAGCCACAGAACCCCAAACAGACACACCAGAAGACCAAGAUACCUCUCCCAGCCCAGAUGGCAUCACUAAGGAAAAAGGCACUCCAGCACCUGAGCCCGAGUCUUGUGAGGCAUCUGAGCCACCAGCCAAGAGGUCAAAGAGCUCAGAGGGGCCCACAGAGAAGGGACCCCCAGGGCAGCUGCAGGCAAAGGUCCAGCCACAGGCCCGGAUGACGGCACCGAAGCAGACACAGACCCCUGAGCUGCUGCCUGAGCCCCAGGAAGCCCGAGUGCAGCCACGUUUCCAGCCACGGGUUCUGCAGAUCCAGGCCCAGGUGCAGCCACAGACUCAGCUACAGAUGCCACCAGUGGAUGUCCAGGUGCAGCCAAAGCUGCAGAAGCAGGCACAGACACAGACCUCUCCAGAGCACUUAGUGCUGCAGCAGGUGCAGCUGAAGCUGCAGAAGCAGGCAGAGCCACAGAAGCAGGUGCAGUCACAGAUGCAGCCACAGGCACAUUCAAAGCCCCCAAGGCAGGCUGAGCCACAGAAGCAGGUGCAGCCACAGAUGCAGCCACAGGCACAUUCACAGCCCCCAAGGCAGGCUCAGCCACAGCUGCAGAAGCAGGCACAGACGCAGACAUAUCCACAGGCCCAGGCAGAAGCACAGCCAAGGGUUCAGCCACUGGAGCAGCCACGGGAGCAACCUCCAAUGCAGUUGCCAGUGCAGCCACUGGACCAGACCCAGGGGCAGCCUCAGACCCAGUCACAGGUGUCAUUGCCAGCAUCAGAGCAAACACCGGUUCUGGUUCAUUCCACAGUGCUGGAGACACCUCCUGACACAGUAGAAGCUAGAGCAGGCCUGGAGGAGGCCUCGCCGGAGCCAGCAGGUGCCCAGGUCAGCAUGGAGGAGAGCCAGGAGGAGUUGACCAGUGGCCUGGAUGUGGGAGAAUGUGAAAAAAGAGCAAGAGAGAUGCUAGGGAUGUGGGGUGCUGGGGGCUCCCUGAAGGUCACCAUCCUGCAGAGCAGUGACAGCCGGGCCUUCAGCACCGUCUCCCUCGCACCCGGGCCGCGUUCUGGGGACUCCACCUCCGCUGCCCCCGCCGCCGCCAGUGCGCCCUCUAAGCAGGCCCUCCAGUUCUUCUGCUACAUCUGCAAGGCCAACUGCAGCAGCCAGCAGGAGUUCCAGGACCACAUGUCGGGGGCCCAGCACCAGCAGAGGCUCGGGGAGAUCCAGCAUAUGAGCCAAGCCUGCCUCCUGUCCCUGCUGCCUGUGCCCCGGGAUGUCCUGGAGAGAGAGGACGAAGAGCCCCCACCGAGGCGCUGGUGCAACACCUGCCAGGUCUACUACGUGGGGGACCUGAUCCAGCACCGCAGGACACAGGACCACAAGAUUGCCAAACAAUCGCUGCGACCUUUCUGCACUAUUUGCAACCGCUACUUCAAGACCCCCCGCAAGUUUGUGGAGCAUGUGAAGUCCCAGGGGCACAAGGAUAAAGUCAAGGAGCUGAAGAUGCUUGAGAAGGAGAUAGCUGGCCAAGAUGAGGACCACUUCAUCACGGUGGAUGCCGUGGGCUGCUUUGAGGGUGAUGAAGAAGAGGAGGACGACGAUGACGAGGAAGAAGAAGAGAUCGAGGUUGAGGAGGAAUUCUGCAAGCAGGUGAGGUCCAGAGAUAUAUCCAUAGAGGAGUGGAAAGGCUCGGAGACCUACAGCCCCAACACCGCAUAUGGUGUGGACUUCCUGGUGCCCGUGAUGGGGUAUAUCUGCCGCAUCUGCCAUAAGUUCUGCCACAGCAACUCGGGGGCGCAGCUCUCCCACUGCAAGACCUUGGCCCACUUCGAGAACCUGCAGAAAUACAAGAAGGCCAAGAACCCCAGCCCCACCUCCAGGCCUGUGAGCCGCCGGUGUGCGAUCAAUGCCCGCAACGCCUUGACUGCUCUGUUCACCUCUGGUGGCCGCCCGCCCAGCCAGCCCAGCGCCCAGGACACAGCAAAAACCUCCAGCAAGAAUGCCUCAAGCACAACAGCCAUUCAAGGACCAGCUCAAAAUGCCUCCUCUUCCGAGAAGCCUUCCAUGGUCUCCAGGAGAAACCAUCACUCCCUCCACCACGGCCACUCCUGACCUGCUUCUCUCAGCAACACAAUAUCCCUUAGGACCCAAGGUCUGGGCCUGUGCCCACUACGGGACCCAGUUCUGAGCCAGCCCAUGACUCAGAUACACUCAGCUGCCAGCUUUGGACAAAGGGGAAGUGGCUGGCAGUGUCUGGAAAAGGCCAGGGCUGGAGGAGUGCGGUCUGGGAUAUGGGUGCGAAUGUGUCUGCAUUCUGGGGGAAGAGCACCCAUCGCCCAGAGCUGGCCCACCUCACAGAGACCAGAGUCCUGGAAGGUCGCUGCUGGCUCUUACAUUCCAACCCCCUUGUGGUACAAAUGGGGAAAUUGAGGACCAAGAAGGAGGAGACCUGCCCAGGGUCCUCCAGCUGGUUCAUGGCAGAGCCAAAAUUCGGACUUGGCGACCAGGGGCACUUGGGUUUUAGUCCCAGCUCUGCCCCAUCCCAGCAAGUCACGGCCCCUUUCUGGAACAGGUGGUGAGAACUGGUUUUUGUGAGGAUUCAUCUGUAUCAAGAACUCAGACAAGGUCUGACCACAGCGAGUACUUACAGAUGGUCAUUACCGUCAACAUUUCGCAUUCCGUGUCAUGAGACACAGGCCGGGAGAAGGAUGGGGGAGGUGAGCAUUUCCACACCACUGGGGCCAGACUUUAUCUGUGUCAAGGGCACUUCCCAGGUCCAAACCUUUGCCUUCCACUUGGGACACCCUCCUCCCCACUGUGCUAAGUCUCAUGAAUCUGCCAACAUCCACUCGUGUGACUCCUGGGAGGCCCUUCCUCACGCUGCCACCACAGCUGCCGUGUCAUCACACACAUCUGGCCACUGUUCACUAGUAGUGUCCAGGGUCAACCAGCCAGCCCGC